AGAUCCCUCUACAGGGAUGUCAUGCAGGAGAACUAUGAGACGGUGGUCUUGCUGGUAGGGUUUCCAGUUUCCAAACCUGAUGUGCUCUCACAGCUGGAACGAGGGGAAGAGCCAUGGAUCCCAGUCCUCCAUGGCUCUGAGAAAAAAGUGCUCCUGAGAGCUGCCUGCACAGGGAAUGACCUGUGUCUGGAUUCUCUCUGUCUCCCAUCAGGUGUUGGGAUGGUGAGUGAGAACGAGGAGAAACCCCAGCAGGAAGAUGCUGAGCAAGUAUUAUCCCAUGGGAUGUUAUCAGGAAGAUCAAAAGGGAAUGAUUCCAGGAGUUGUGCACUCCCAGAAAAAGCAAAAGCCUGUGAUAGUCAGCACAGGCCAGCGGAAAACUUCAGUAGCCACUCAGACCUUAUUACAAGCGAGAGAAUCAACUUGGAAGAAACACACUACACAUGCCAUGAGCGUGGGAAAAGCUUAAAUCAGAGCUCACACCUUAUCAAACAUCAGAGAAUCCACAUGGGUGAGAAACCUUAUGGAUGUGCUGAGUGUGGGAAACACUUCAGUCGGAGAUCAAACCUUAUCAGACAUAGGAGAAUCCACACGGGUGAGAAACCUUAUGAAUGCCAUGAGUGCGGGAAAAGCUUUAGUCUGCACUCACACGUUAUCAGACAUAGGAGAAUCCACACAGGAGAGAAACCCUACACGUGCUCUGAGUGCGGGAAACGCUUCAAUCAGAGCUCACACCUUGUCAGACAUUGGAGAAUGCACACAGUAGGGUUUCCAGUUUCCAAACCUGAUGUGAUCUCACAGAUGGAACGAGCGGAAGAGCCGUGGAUCCCGGACCUCCAGGGCGCUGAGAAAGAAAUUCUCCCGAGAGCUGCCUGCACAGGGAGUGACCUAUGUCUGGAUUCUCUCUGUCUCCCAUCAGGUGAUGGGAUGGUGAGUGAGAAUGAGGAGGAGAAACCCCAGCAGGAAGAUGCUGAGCAAGUAGAACCACAUGGAACGUUAUCAGGAAGAUCCAAAGGGAAUAUUUCCGGGAGUUGUGCACUCCAAGCAAAAGCAAAUUCUUGUGAGACUCAAGAGAGGCCAGAGGAAAACUUCAGUAGCCACUCAGACCUUAUAACAUGUGACACAAUCAACUUGGAAGGGAGACGCUACACGUGCCAUGAAUGCCGGAAAAGCUUCAAUCGGAGCUCUGCCCUUAUCACACAUCAGAGAAUCCACAUAGGGGAGUUGCCCUACACAUGCUCUGAGUGUGGGAAAAGCUUCAAUAGGAACUCAAACCUUAUCAGACAUCAACGAAUCCACAUAGGAGAGACGCCCUACACAUGCUCUGAGUGUGGGAAAAUGUUCAAUAGGAGUUCACACCUUAUCAGACAUCAGAGAAUCCACACAGGAGAGAAGCCCUACACAUGCUCUGUGUGUGGAAAAAGCUUCAAUGAAUGCUCACACCUUAUCAGACACCGGAGAAUCCACACAGGAGAGAAGCCCUACACAUGCUCUGUGUGUGGGAAAAGUUUCAAUCGGAGCUCACACCUUAUCACACAUCGUAGAAUCCACACAGGAGAGACGCACUACAUAUGCUCUGAGUGUGGGAAAAGCUUCAAUCACAUCUCUGCCCUGAUCACACAUCAGAGAAUCCACACAGGAGAGACGCCCUACACAUGCUCUGAGUGCAGGUAAAGCUUCAGUUGGAGCUCACACCUUAUCAGACAUCAGCAAAUCCACACAGGAGAGAUCCCCUACACAUGCUCUGAAUGUCGGAAAAGCUUCAAUUUUACCUCUGACCUGAUUAUACAUUGGAGAAUCCACAUGUGUGAGAAAACUUAUGGAUGCUUGGAGUGUGGGAAAAGCUUCAAAAAGAGCUCACAUCUUAUUAGACAUCAGGAAAUCCACAUGAGAGAACUGUAACACAUGCCUUGAUUAGGGCUGGGCAAAGAUUUUUUUAAAAAAAUAAUCACAUUUGCUAAUUCUCACAUAGUGAUCUGUGCACCAUCUUCACUGUGGUCUUUAAGGUCCACCACAUGAGUUGCUUCCUUCUGCCUUUUGCAGCUCACCCUUCUUUGGGGUCAGUCCUCUGAUCUUUUCUAUCAGCUGCUUUCCUUUUGAGUUAUAGGAGUGUGUGUCCCUCCAGCUAGGAAUGUUCAUCAGCUCCCAGAGGGAGAGAGAAGUUUGAUCCCAAUAAGGUACACUGAGGCAAAAACUACCUGUGCCUUACAUCCACUAGGACUGUACAUGGCGUUGGCUGCUCAAGUUAGUGAUCUUGGUGUAAAAAGACAAUUAUCGUUGUAGAGCAGAUGCAGCCCAGGUGCAGUGGUUAGCAUUAGCUUUCCCCUUGACCUGACCUAAACUCCAUCACUUUUCCUAGUCUAAACAAACUCUGAGCAUCACAGUUAUACUGUUCCCCCAUUUCAAAGCAAUUCUUAGUCAUCAAGUUCCCCCUUAAGGAACAAAUUGUUUCAUUCCCAGUUGCUCUGAUGUUGCUUCAGGUUGUGCUGGAAAGCAGAUAUUUUUACUUCCAUUUUCCUCACUUAAAAUAUAUUGAACUAUAAGAAAGAGCAGGAACAAGACAGGGAUAGGGGAAAAUGUCAUUUCACCCUCGGUAAGAACAGAAGAAGAUAGGGUAAGUCAGAGGGAUUCCCUUAUUCCCUAUCACCAUUCCAAUCCCCCUGUUGUUCAAUUGGUUAGGUCAAUAUUUUUUCUAACAGGCUGGCAAGAGUAUUCCCUAGUAAAUGAUUUGUAACUAAGCAAAAUACCCAUGCAUUUGGCUCCUAAAGCAGUUGUGGCCCAGGCCCUGCAGGAGGUCGCUCCUGAAGAUAACUCAUUCCUAAUCAGAUGCAUGUUGUCUAUUAUUUGGGAAAUGCAAUCCCUAUCUAGGUAGGGAUGGGAAAAAAUGGAAGUGACAUUUCUCUUCAGCUCACCCUGAAGCCAUGUUGAAAGCCAUGUUGAAUAUGAUAUAGCUGCAGAAAGAUACCCCUUUUUAAUAGAUACCUAACAUUUGUUGUCUUACAGGGAUUCUAAGCAGCACCUGAAUUUAGUCCCUAAUUUAAAUCUGUGCCACCAGAUUAAAGAAAUAAAAGGGCAUAUUUGGGGGAGUUAUACCUCACUAUCGCUACUGAUAUGUUGUGUGGUUGGUGAAGAAUUCUGCACCAGAGAAGUGUAAAAUUACUCUAAGGCCUUGGCUACACUUGCGAGUUGCAGCGCUGUAAAGCCGCCCCCAGCGCUGUAACUCACUCCCCGUCCACACUGGCAAGGCAUUUGCAGCGCUGUAUCUCCUUUGUUG